UUCUGGUGUUUUGCAGGAUUUUAAGAUGCACUAAUCAGACAUGGACUCCGAAGGAAGAGAUGUUGGUGUUUCGGAAAGUUUUGACGGCUCCAACGAUACUGAAGCAUGCAAUCAAUUGUCGGAAGAUAAUGCGCUGAAUUUGCAGUGCGAUGAGAUUGAAACUACAAUCAAAGGUAAUCCCUUCGCAUAUGACGAGUACAUCAAAUUAAUUGGCAUCCGAAGAAAAUGUGGAGACAAAGUGAAGUGCCGAAAUGCGAGGGAUCGGAUGUCGGAGCAUUUUCCAUUGACGGAAGGCAAGAAACAUUUUAAAAAAAUGUGGCUUUCCUGGCUUCACGAUGAAAUCGAAUCUUGCAAAUCGGAACAUGGAUUACUCGAGCAUCAAAUAAUGGACUUAUUUCAGCGUGCAUUGAAUGAUUACAUAUCUGUGGCAAUUUGGAUCGAGUAUGCAGAGUUUCUGGAGCGCAAUGCUGAUUAUUCGCGGGUUUGGGAAAUCAUUGAAAAAGCUAUCCGUGAUUGUGGAGAACAUUUAUCCGAGGGGCACAAAAUAUGGCUGACUGCCAUCGAAUACAUGGGAAAACAUAGUGGAUCAGAAUUAUGUGGUAGAUCAAUUUGUGUGGAUGACGUGAAAGAUAUUGUUGCAAGAAUGCUGGAAAUCCCUCUCUUGAUCCCUGAAAAAAUUUGGGAAAAGUUGGAGACUGUAGCUUCCUCCGAAAGCUUCGAUAUCUGUAAGCACAAGGAACGCUUGGAGAAAGAACGUGCCAAGUAUAUCAACCAGUGUGAAGCGGAGCUCAGUACCGCCGACGACAAGCUGAAUGUGUACAGAAAUUACUUGAAAUUGGAGUUGGACUUCAAAGCUCCAAACUCACGAAUUAGAACGCUUUACGAACGAGCAGUCCGUGAUUGUUGUCUCGAUGAAGCUUUAUGGACCGAAUAUGUAACAUGGAUAAAGCAAUCAGGUCAACAGCAUCAGAACAUUACCGUUGUCGAUAGAGCGUUGCGCAACGUUCCGUGGUCUGGUGCAGUUUGGGUAUCAAAGUUGUGUCUUCUGAUGGAGGAUGAAGGAACAAGUGAGGAAAGAAGAGGGUGUAUGAGUAAGGCUGUGACAAGUGGAAUUCGGUUUCCACAUGAGUACAUCAAACUUUGGAUGAUAUAUUUGAAUGGCUUGCAUCGAGACGUGAAAGAAGCUGAAAAUGAAGAAGACGACGAUGAAACUGCCUCGGGUCUAGUUGCAAGCAAGUUGGCUUUGUUUCGAGAUGGCUGCAGAGAAGCUAUAGAAUUUCUUGCGUCUUUUGAUGGUGUUACAAGCGAAGACUUGGAUCAUCUGUUCAAAUACCAAGCUAGUGUUGAAGCCAAUUAUGGACAUAUGGACGUUGCACGAUCCAUUUGGGGAGAAAUUCUUCAUCCAAGAUGUCAGCCGAAGCUCGCCGAUUGGUUGGAAUUGAUCCAUUUGGAGAGGAAUCAUGGCGAUCCGAAGCACGUACGGAAAACGUUUCACAAAGCGCUUACUCGUCUGUCAGAAAAAGAUCUGCCUUUUUUAUGCUCUGCAUUUGAACGUUACACAAUGGAAGUUGGAACUGUGGAUAGUGUUGAAAAAAUUGAUGAAGUGAUCCAAGAAUUCAAGCUGAAGCACGAAGAAUGGAAGAAGCAAGAAUCCCUGAAAGAGUCAAAAUUUUCAAAAAAAUCUGGGAAGAAUGAAAAUAAUAAGUCAGCGGGCAAUUCAAGUGCAUCGUCGCCGAAGAAGCAGAAAACGGAGUUGAAGAGAAAAGCUGAAGGCCAUCCGUCGAGUGGGAGUUCUGCUUCCAAGUCUGCCAGGAUCGAUGAGGAUGGUUUUCGAAUACCUGCUCCGAAGAAAACUCCUGAACUUUCAAAUUUGGAAGAACAGAGAAAGAGUGAAAGCUCAGAGAAGAAAGUGUUUAUCAGCAACCUGGAUUACAAUAUAACUGUGGAGGACAUUAUUCACUUUUUUGACGACGUCAAAACUGAGAUUGAGAGCGUCGAUCUCAAGAAAGACAAAGUCGGGAAGAGUCGCGGAUUUGCCUAUGUGUUGCUUCGUUCUGAAGAAACGGCAAAGCAACUUCUGGGGCGUGAUCGAUCAAACUUCAAAGGACGUCCAAUUUUUAUCUCGCCUUGCCAAGCCGAGCCGGAAAAGCGAAAACCAGUUUUCAAGUAUCAAAGCGGGGGCGAAGAGCCGAAUAAGCUAUUUAUUUCGCAUUUGGCGUUAGAGGUCACGGAAGAUCAGCUGCGCCAGGUCUACGAAAAAUUCGGAAAAAUCGUCAGCGUCAGAAUUGUCACCUAUAGGAAUGGACAUUCCAAAGGCAUCGCAUAUGUCGAGUUUGACACCCCGGCUGCCGCAAAACGUGGACUAAUGGAAACGGACGGCAAAGAGAUCUUGGGGAAGACCAUCGAGGUUGCGAUCAGUAAUCCCCCUCGGAGGAAAGCAUCAGAAGAGAAAUUUGAAGGCGCAAAAAAGGACGGGGAAUCUUCAAGCGGUCAUGCAUCUACGUUCGCUGUUCCGCGCAACAACAUGCCGCUGCAAGGAAGGAGACCUCAGAGAAGUUUCAUUCCGCGAUCUCUGCAAGGUGUCGCAACUACGAAGUCGGAAGUAAAUGGUCAGCCAAAAGCCGCGAUGUCAAAUGCGGACUUCAGAACCAUGUUGCUGCAAAAGAAUUGUCGGAAAGAAUUGAUGAAAGCCAUGCCACCGAUUCCGACGGUGCAGAAACGUGCUCUCGGCUCCUCUGAAAGGAGUCGUGAUGCCGCUGGAGUGGACCCCCAGAGAAAAUCCGAUCUGGUUAUUUCAGUGAAAUACACAAACAAUCUUCCAGACAUACCAUUCGACCCGAAGUUCCUCAAGUUUCCUUUCGGCACGAAUCGAUUCAUUGAUUACAAGCCAACGUCGCUGGAGAGAACGCACUUGUGGGACAUGUUGACGGAGCAUGAUCUCGGGAUUCCGAUUGAUUUAAUUGAUCAAUCCAAGUAUGAGCCGGAAAACAGCCUGCAUGAUCCGGAUGAUGAAAAGCUUUUGGAAGAUGAUGGGCCCGUUUUACACGAUUCUAAAAGAUCCCGGCAACAUGCGCAAAAUUAUUCCUGGCUUCGUCGAACGGAAUACAUUUCCACGGAAUUGACUCGAUUCCAGCCGCAGACGAUUGACAAAGCUGAGGCAAAAGUCGGCUUCAAUGUCAAAAAGAAGUUUCAGCAAGAGAAGAAUUUGUACGCCGACAGAGAUUCGCAGGUCAACAGCAUAGAGAAGACUUUCGAAGACUCCAAAAAAGAAAUUUUGAAGCACCCGUCGAAGCCUGGUGUCACAGCUGUUGAAGUUAUGAACGUCUUACCAGAUUUCGAGUUGUGGAAACAUCCGUUUGCGCAAGUCAUUUUCGACGCAGACCCCGCACCUCCCGAGGAGAGCACUGCCAGCCAGGAGGAGUUGAUGUCGCAAGCAAUGAUUCGGGGUGUGAUGGACGAAGCUGGUGCUCAGUUCGUCGCUUAUUUCCUUCCAACGCCGGAAACGUUGGAGAAGCGGCGUGAAGAUUUCACCAUGGAGCUUGCGUACGAUCCGGAAGCGGAAUAUCAUUACAAGAUGGCCAGAGAAUACAACUGGCAGGUCAAGAACAAAACGAUGAGCAACUACGAGGAAACGUUCUUCUUCGUUUUCCGCGAAGGUGCUUGCACUUACAAUGAAGUGGAAACUCGAGUCAAGCUUAUUCGUCGAAGAAUGAACACGAUGUCAAAGGUGUCGACACGACUGGUAGUGAAACACAGACCGAUGAAUUCCCAAGAGCACAAAGCGCAAAGGGUUCGCGAAAGGCUCCUUGAGAACCGCACGGACGAGAAUCCGGAAUCUGAGGAAGAAGAAGAGGAGGAGGAAGAAGAGGAAGCAGAAGCGGAAGGAGCGAAAGAAAGCGGCGGAGAAGAGGAGAAGAAGGAAGAAGCAGAGGACGCAGGAGAAAAGCAGGGCAGUGGUGGGGAGAAAAGUGGAUCGUCUUCGUCGUCGUCAUCGUCGGCCUCUUCAUCCAGCGACGAGGAUAGUGAUAAAGGAAGUGCUUCAGGAUCUGAAAAGGAAGAUGGCGAUGAAGAACAGAAGACCGAAAAUCCUUCCGAGUCCCCCAAGAAAUCCGACGACAAGUCCGACGAAGAAAAUGCAGUGGAGGAAAAGAAGGAUUCAGAGAAGGGUUCAGAGAAGGGUUCAGAGAAGGGUUCAGAGAAGGGUUCAGAGAAGGGUUCAGAGAAAGGUUCAGAGAAGGGUUCAGAGAAGGGUUCAGAGAAGGGGUCAGGGGACGAGGCGAAGGAGGGUUCGAGUUCGAGUGAAAGCGGAUCCUCCUCUUCAUCAUCUUCGUCCGAUGGCGAAGGCGACGAUUAA